GUCUCACAGCUAGACAACCAGCCUUGAGCAUAUUUCUCAUCAACAUGAAUGACCUGAGCGCUUACCAUCGAUUCUGCUGUGCUUUUGUCCGAGCACAGGAUGGGGAGCUGUUCUCCUGCACUGGACCGUUUGAAGAGGUCGUUCGAGAGCACUGGGCCCAUGUCUCGGCCGCGGUGGCUUCGCCCUCGGAGCAAAGACCCCUUUCACUCAUCAAGGUCGACGCGAUUCACCAUGACAUGCUGGAACUUUACGAACGGCACGACGACAGAGAGCACCGAGACACAAUCCUCGGCAUCAUUCUCCAACGACCUUCGGAUGCAGAGACCGGCUUCGAUGACAUCUUUGCCAGCCUCAUGCUCGACGGUGUCCGGCUCUUCACCUCCUCGGCGCCUCAAGGCCAGCCUUCCGACACCGAACCCGAGCUGCGGGCAGUCGCACACAAAAUCACCGAUCUCUUCGACACCCGGCUGAGGUAUCUCAGCGAGAAUGACAAGUGGAACGACCGCGGGCGGGGAUUCUUCUUCGGCUGGGUCUACGAGUUUGUGCGGCGCGGAGCGAGAGUCGAGUUCUGUCUGCCGGCCUUUCCUUGCAAGUCGUCCAACCCCGACAAGGUGGUGGGCGUGGUGCCCGACCGAGGGGAGCAGCUUGCGCUCCAACAUCUCGACUCUUUCAUAGAGGCCAUCGAGGGUAUCUACGAACCGGGUGCCAAGUUGUGGAUUGUGAGUGACGGUCAUGUAUUCAGCGACUGCAUCGGCGUCGACGACGACAUAGUCGACCUGUACAGCGCCGAGCUAAUCAGCAUGUAUGCCGCAAUCAGAAAGCGCAGCAGCGGAAGCGCAGACCGAAUCGGCUUCCAAUCCCUCAUCGACAUGUUCGGUCUCGCGAACUCAACAGCCGAGAUGCAGCAGUGGCACGCUCUACAACUCCCCUCACCCGAAGUCCACAUCCCCACACAACGCACCCGCGCAGCCGAGCUCAGCCGGCAGAUGCUGCUCCGCGCGGGCCGAUCGAACGACCGCCUCCUGCGCGCGCGCAUCACGUCGGGCGACGACCACAGCACCCUGAAGCUCUACCGGGGCUUCUCGCGCUUCAUGGCCGAGGACCUGCGGCUCAACCGGCACACGCGCCACCUCAGCCGGUGCAAGCUCAAGAAGCUGGCCGCCAAGGUCGCCUUCGAGAUGCUGCAGCGCAACGAGGCCUACUCGAACCUGGUCGAGCUCUUUUUUCCCCACGCCGUGCGGCUGUCCAUCCACGCGCAUGACAACGCCGGGCCCAAGUUCGGCAUCCGCCUGUUCGGCCUCGAUGUUAGGGCCGUUGAGCAGCUCAACGGCUCGGACGACGGGCCCGAGAUGCGCUCUGUCGAUCUGUUGCAUGUUCCGACGCCGUGGCAUAACUGCCUCGCCCUAGUCGUGGCCGGGCAAGGUGGCGGUGAUGGUGGUGGUGGUGGUGGCGGUGCCCUUGUCAUGACCAAGUCCAAGGUGGUGAGAGACGCCCUGUCCGAAGGCGCCUUGAGCGGCGGCUGGGCGGACGAGGGCCACCAGGGCGUGGCGGGUUGUUUUCGCCUGCAGAAGAAGCUGGCACCUCGAUGCGAGGUCUCGGCUGAGUAUGCAAAGCGGAGUUGGGACGCCGAGGACAUGCUUGACUGCUGCGACCCGGGGAAUCCUUAUUUCUGGGGGCCUGAGGCGGGCUUCGAGGUCGAUAUGCGCCACUGGCGCGCGUGGGCCGGCAGCGGUCUGUUCUGA